GGCAGUGAUGAAGAAUUUGAACGUCGAGUUCAAGUAGCGCGCAAACUGACGAAAUCAACCGGCGAAUUGCUGGUGCAGAAGGAUGUGUUCUUCAAUAUUUUGGAUGAUAUUAAAGGUGGUAGAUUUAAACUACGCUACCUACAGCCACCUAUGCCUUCACAACUUAUAUAUUAUGUACGACCCAACAAGACCGGCCCAAAACUUUCAACAUUUAACAGAUUAGAUGUAGAUGAUCCCGCAUUGCUGGAAAAGAUUUUGGCCCAA